AUGGAAUUCCUUGAGCUGAAUCGAGGGAAUGACACAGUGGCUGUGUAUGCUGCCAAAUUGGAUGCUUUGGUUCAUUAUUGUACACACUACCAUGGUGAGGGUGGUGAAAGAGCUAAAUGCAUAAAAUUUGUAAAUGGUUUGCGUCCUGAAGUAAAAACUGCAGUUAACUAUCAGGAGAUAUAUCACUUUCCCACUCUGGUCAAUAAGUGCAGCAUUUAUGAUCGUGAAAACCGUGCUCGUGCUGUUUUUUAUAAAGGAGUUGGAGGUCCUAUCCGUGUUGUGAGUUCUAGUACUUCGGGUAGGAGUAAGCCUUACUCCGCUCCUACUAGAUUUCAAGGGAAUAAAGCUAUUGCUACUAAAAGCAAGUCAUUUACAAAAGGAUCCACUGUUAGUGCUACUGGAAGUGUUGGAGGGUCUGUGUCCACUCCUUUAGUAAGAUGCUGGAAGUGUGGACGUGUUGGUCAUAAUCAGUCUGAGUGUAGUGACAAGGAGGUUACUUGCUUCAAUUGCAGGGGUAAGGGUCACAUCAGCACCCACUGUCCUGAACCACGAAGAACACAUGUUAUUGGAUCGGGUUCGCAAAUCGAGCGUCCAAAAACUGUAGGGAGAGUAUUUGCUCUUAGUGGUGCUGAAGCUUCUCGGUCAGAAAAUUUGAUACAAGGUACUUGUUUCAUAGCUGAGACUCCUUUUGUUGUACUAUUUGAUUCUGGUGCAACUCAUUCCUUUAUUUCUGUCUCUUGUGUCCGAAAAUUGAAUUUGCCUGUGUCUUUGUUAGAUUAUGAUUUAGUUGUUGAAACCCCUACUAAUGGUCCUGUGGCUUUCCGAUCUUGGUGUAGUGUAUGUUCAUUCCAAAAGAGGCUUCAAUAA